AUGAAGUCCGACACGUCAGACCUCUACGCCAUGCACUGGAAAUCCCAAAUUGAUCGCGACGAUUUCCCAACUUACGAUAAAUCCCUGCCCCUCAGGUCGGCGAUAGCCUCAUACAUGGGCCACGCCUCGCACACGCUUACAGCCGACGUUGUCGCUGAGCAGGAGAAACUUCUUUGGGCCGAUUUCGUCAUACUCCAAUUUCCACUGUGGUGGUACGGUAUGCCGGCCAUCCUAAAGGGCUGGUUCGACCGCGUCUUCUCAUGUGGUUUCGCAUACGGCAUUGGCGAGCACAACGACAAGCACUGGGGUGAUCGGUACGGCGAGGGUGUGUUCAAGGGCAAGCGCGCGAUGUUGGUCGUCACGGCUGGCGGCGACGAGUCUAACUACCAGGCGCGUGGGAUCUGUGGGCCGAUUGAGGACUUGUUGUUCCCUGUCAAUCACGGUAUGCUCUUUUACACGGGCUUCGACGUUCUGCCGCCCUUUGUGGCAUACCGUUCCGAUCGCAUGAAGGAGGCUGAGUUUGAGCAUCAAGCUGAGAAACUCCGUAAGCGGGUGCAGACAUCAAGCAGCACAGACCCUAUUCCGUAUCGACGUCAGAAUUUCGGCGACUAUGAUAUUCCGGCAUUGACGCUACGUGAUGACAUCGAUAGUGGAAACCAGGGGUUCCGAAUACAUCAGAAAGACUCCGGACGAUGA